AUGGCGAGUCAGCAGAAUGACCCCUUGACCUUCAAAUCUUGGGGUGAAAAUUGUACCUCCCUCUGGGAAUCACUUGCAAAUGGAUCAAUUACACAGGAUCAAUUCCUCGGCAGCUGCAAACCCCAGGUGGACAUUGGAGUGGGGAAGGUUAUACUCACGAUUCUCCUCAGUAUUUUACUCAUCGGCACAGCUGGUGGAAAUAUACUUGUCAUUAUUGCCAUCCUGAUUGUUAAAAAGCUACGAUCACCAACCAACCUGCUCAUUGUCAGUCUUGCGGUCACUGACUUCAUGGUCAGUAUUCUUGUCCUUCCAUUCGCUAUUGCUUAUCAGAUUUUCGAGUACUGGCCCUUCCAACAGGCAAUUUGUGACCUCUAUUCCAUAUCAGAUCUUCUUCUCUGUACACUGUCUAUUUUGAGUCUUUGUACUAUAUCAAUUGAUCGGUAUAUGGCAAUUACUAAGCCAUUCCAAUAUGCACCGAAACGGACCCCUAAGAGAAUGUUUAUUAUGAUUUUGAUAUCGUGGCUUCUAUCAGCAGCGAUUAGCAUAUCACCUAUAUUUGGAUGGGAACAGCAAAAUGCUCCAUUUUUUUGCAAUUAUAAUAUGGAUUUAACUUUUCAAAUCUAUGCAACGCUAACGGCUUUCUACAUUCCUUUAACAGUUAUGCUUGUUCUCUAUGGAAAGAUAUUAGUUCUGGCGAAACAAAUGGCAAUAGCGGAUGCUCAGAUUGCACGGAAAUGUAGCACGGAUACCCAAACGAGAAAUUCUUCACUUCCAGAGAGCACCGAUUGGAAUAGAUCCUCAAUAAGUCCUCCAGGAAAUAAUUGUUCAAAUUCACAAUUUUACAGCGAUUUGAAGGACAACUGGGAUGGGGCUCCAGGGGAAGGUAAGUCACGACAGAGCGUAGUGAGCUUCAGACCUUCUCCAGUCGUGAUGCGCACAAAUCGAGAUCCAAUGAAGAGUAGGAAGGUGAACAGCAUGAUGACGUUUACCAGACGAUCGCAAUCAGACGUUGUAAAUAAUGGAAGAUCGUCGGAAUGUAGUGGAAGUGUGGGCGAUAGGAACGCAAGAACUAUUAGAAAACGACAUAUCCAAAAUGAAGACGAUGAGGAUGAUGAAGACCAAAUGAGUAAGAGGAAGUUUGGGACUAGUGUGGAAAUAACCCCAGGACAUGCGGUAUUUCCGAGUGAAGACAAGGAAUUCGAAACAGAAACAAAGUUCCAUCCUCCGGAGAGCAAUAGUAAACUCCAAGAUCAGCAACCAAUGAUGUGCUACAUUCCUGGGAUUGCUCUUCCAGGAUAUCAACUUCCUUAUCCAUAUCCUUUUCCCUUACCUCAAGGAUACCCUUUUCACGGUAAAAGGAAGUAG